AUGGGGAAUAGUUCAUCCAAACAGAAAAAUGACUCUUUGAAAGCGUACCCACAAUUCCAACGAAGCGAUACACAGAACUCUACAAAAUCUUCACGGUCCCUAAGAUCAAGAAGGUCCAUGUCCAGAGAUUCUGAUGCUUCUUCGUUUAAAACAGCAACUGAUUCUCCAUCUUUAAUGCCACAUUCACCAUUGGUAUCUAGAAAGAAUUCUUCCACUACAAUCCAUCAACAAUUGAAUCAAUCUUCAAAUAACAAUCAAAAUAAUUACAAAUCAAAUAGUUUUUCAUCAGAUCUUCCAGCUUUGAAUGUCACGUCUCCAGAUGGGAAUUAUACAAAUGUUCAAUUGCCACCUUCAAUGGUUCAUGUCGAACCAAGACAACCAAUCUUGAGAAACAACAGUGACGCUGUAGAGGACUUGUUGAGGGCUCAACAGGAACAUAAACAGCAGCAGCAGCAAGAUGGCUCUGUGAAUAAUAGUGAUUCUGGUGUCAAUGAUCAAGAUGGAAAUAGUGUGAAUCCAGGACAAAAUAUUUCAAAUGAAUCACAACAAAACAACAAUGAAAACAAUAAUGAUAACAAUAACUCAAACAACUCAAAUAACCAAUCAGAUAAUUCAUUAUCUAUAAAUGCUAAUAUACCGAAUCAUGUUGGUGAUUCUUCAGAUAUACCCAAUACUCCAAGUAGUAAAAAAAAUUCAUUUUCAAAUUAUUCAACUCCAUUUCAAUCACUAAUAAAUCCAACAAAUAAUGUAUUACAAGUAAAUGGAAAUCAAAUAGAUAUUGAAGAAUUAAUUCAAAGAUUAUUAGAUGCAGGUUAUUCUGGGAAAAGAACUAAAAAUAUAUGUUUAAAAAAUUCAGAAAUUGCAACAAUUUGUUCAAAAGCUAGAGAAAUUUUCUUAAGUCAACCAACUUUAUUAGAAUUAUCACCACCUGUUAAAAUUGUUGGUGAUGUUCAUGGUCAAUUUGGUGAUUUAAUUAGAAUGUUUACCAAAUGUGGGUUCCCACCUGCUGCAAAUUAUUUAUUUUUAGGUGAUUAUGUUGAUAGAGGUAAACAAUCACUUGAAACUAUAUUAUUAUUAUUAUGUUAUAAAAUUAAAUAUCCAGAAAAUUUUUUCCUUUUAAGAGGUAAUCAUGAAUGUGCAAAUGUUACAAGAGUUUAUGGAUUUUAUGAUGAAUGUAAACGUCGUUCAAAUAUUAAAACUUGGAAAUUAUUUAUUGAUACUUUUAAUACAUUACCAUUAGCUGCAAUUGUGGCAGGUAAAAUUUUUUGUGUUCAUGGUGGACUUUCACCAGUUUUAAAUUCAAUGGAUGAAAUUAGAAAUGUUAAUAGACCAACUGAUGUUCCAGAUUUUGGUUUAAUUAAUGAUUUAUUAUGGUCAGAUCCAACAGAUGCAUUAAAUGAAUGGGAAGAUAAUGAACGAGGUGUUUCAUAUUGUUUUAAUAAAGUUGCUAUAAAUAAAUUUUUACAAAGAUUUGGAUUUGAUCUUGUUUGUCGUGCUCAUAUGGUUGUUGAAGAUGGUUAUGAAUUUUUUAAUGAUCGUUCAUUAGUCACUGUAUUUAGUGCCCCAAAUUAUUGUGGAGAAUUUGAUAAUUGGGGUGCAGUUAUGAGUGUUUCUGAAGAAUUAUUAUGUAGUUUUGAAUUAUUAGAUCCUUUAGAUUCUGUUGCUUUAAAACAAGUUAUGAAAAAGGGGAAACAUGAAAGAAGAAUUGCAAAUUUAACUGCUUCACAAUCAAAUAGUAAUCAUGGAAGUUUUAAUCAUGGAAGUUUCUUAUCAUCAAAUAAUAACAAUAAUAAUAAUCAAAACAACUCAACUGCUAAUAAUGCAAUUACUGCAUCAUCAUGA